UUUACAACUUUAACGACGAAUUUUAUUAUUACAAAAAAAAAAAAAAAAAAAUGGCCAAAGGCUUUCGAUGGAUAUUGUUGGCAACAGUGUUAAACAUUGCCAAUGCCCUUUAUGAUCGUUCAUCUGAUGUUAUUGAAUUAACACCAACAAAUUUUCAAUCACGUGUAAUCGAUUCAGAUGAUAUUUGGAUUGUUGAAUUUUUUGCACCAUGGUGUGGUCAUUGUAAAAAUUUAGUACCCGAAUAUCAAAAAGCUGCUAAAGCAUUAAAAGGUAUUGUAAAAGUUGGUGCAGUUAAUGCUGAUGAACAUCAAUCACUUGGUGCACAAUAUGGUGUUCGUGGUUUUCCAACCAUAAAAAUUUUUGCCUCAAACAAAAACAAACCGAUCGAAUAUCAAGGACAACGAAGUGCACAAGGAUUUAUUGAUGCUGGUUUUCGUGAAUUAAGAAAUAUUGUCGACAGUCGAAUUGGCAAGAAAUCAUCAAGUAGUGGCGGUGGUGGUAAAUCUAACGAUGUCAUCGAAUUAACUGAAUCAAAUUUUGAUGAAAAAGUACUCAAAUCUGAUGAUCUAUGGCUUGUUGAAUUUUAUGCACCAUGGUGUGGUCAUUGUAAAAAUUUAGCACCAAUUUGGUCGGAAGUUGCUACCGAAUUAAAAGGUAAAGUUCGUGUCGGUGCUGUUGAUGCUACUGUACAUCAAUCAUUGGCAAGUCGUUUUGAAAUUCGUGGUUUUCCAACAAUCAAAAUAUUUGCAGCCGGUAAAAAAGAUGGUAGUGCUGAAGAAUAUAAUGGUGGUCGUACUAAAUCAGAUUUCGUUACAUUUGCAUUGGAAAAAUUAGAAGAAACAUUACAACCACCGGAAAUCGUUCAACUAACCAAAGGAACUGAACAAUUAAAAGAAUCAUGUGAAAAUUCACAACUUUGUAUACUAUCUGUAUUACCACAUAUACUUGAUUGUCAAUCAAAAUGUCGAAAUGAAUAUCUGGAUAUUCUUCGUCGAACAGCUGAACGUUUUAAAAAAAAUCAAUGGCAAUAUUUAUGGAUGGAAGCAGGUGCACAACCUGAUCUAGAAUCAGCAUUAGAUAUUGGUGGUUUUGGUUAUCCAGCAAUGGCCAUUAUUAAUGGUCGUAAAAUGAAAUAUUCAUUAUUACGUGGAUCAUUUUCCUAUGAAGGUAUUGGUGAAUUUUUACGUGAUCUUUUAUAUGGUCGUGGUUCUAGUUUACCAUUACGUUCAAAUCAAUUACCAAUGGUUAUUGAAACUGAACAAUGGGAUGGUAAAGAUGGACAAAUGCCUGUGAUUGAUGAUAUUGAUCUAAGUGAUGUUGAUCUGGAUAGUAGUGAUUCGAAAAAAACUGAAUUGUAAAACACAUACAGACACUAUGGAUUUUUUUUUAAUUUUGUACAUUUGAAAAUGAUUUUUUUCCCUCCCGUAAAAGCACGCGCACCUUUUAUAAUUUUGAUACGAAAAACAAAAUAUUUAAAGAAAAUAAAUAUUACACUAAAUUUUGGCCAAAGAUUCA